UGCCGCUUACGAGCAAACGCAAUCGCAAACGCAAAGAGAGAGAUUGAGUCGUGCUGAGAAAGAUGUCUGGAUGGGACGAAGGUGCGAUCUACUACAGCGACCAAGCGCAGUUCCCUCGCGGUGGAAAUGGCGCCGCCGGCGAUCCUGAGCAGAAUGCAAGUCGCCAUACUACUCUUAAGAAGUUCAAAGAGUUUAUUCGAAGUUAUGCUCGUAAAGAUCAGCCAAAUGUCUUCAUCUACAGAGAAAAUCUCGUGCAAAACCCUAAGUAUCUCUUAGUUGACCUUGCCGAUCUUCGUGAGUAUGACAAUCUCGAUGAAAAACUACGCACUGCACCCGCUGAUUACCUCCCUCUGUUUGAAACUGCGGCAUCUGAAGUUCUUGCUAGCUUGAAAUCCAGAGUUAUGGGUGAUACUGGAGAAAUGGAGGAACCGUUAACUGGGGAAGUGCAAAUCUUGUUGACAUCCGCUGAAGAUUCAGUUUCAAUACGCUCUCUUGGGUCGGAUAACAUAUCGAAGCUGGUUAAGAUAUCAGGGAUUACAAUUGCUGCAUCAAAGACUAAAGCAAAGGCAACUUAUGUGUCUUUAUUGUGUAAGAAUUGUAAGAAUGUGAAGAUUGUUCCUUGUCGACCAGGCUUUGGAGGAGCAGUAAUGCCAAGAUCAUGUGAUCACAUGCCCCAGCCUGGUGAAGAACCGUGUCCACUUGAUCCAUGGAUAGUUGUUCCAGAUAGAAGUAAGUAUGUUGAUCAGCAGACCCUAAAGUUACAGGAAAAUCCUGAGGAUGUCCCUACUGGUGAGCUUCCAAGAAACAUGCUUCUUUCUGUUGAUCGACAUCUUGUGCAAACAAUUGUUCCUGGUACAAGAUUGACUAUAAUGGGGAUUAAUAGCAUCUUUCAAGCUAACAAUACUUCACAUAGAGGAGCAGUUGCAAUUAGACAGCAAUAUAUAAGGGUUGUUGGAAUUGAAGAUACCAAUGAGGCUAAUUCUCGAUCUCCUUCAAACUUCACAUCAGAAGAGAUUGAAGACUUCAAAAAAUUUGCAUCAGAUGGAGAUGCAUAUAAGAACAUAUGUUCCAAGAUUGCUCCAUCAAUUUUUGGCCAUGAUGAUGUUAAGAAGGCUGUGGCUUGUCUUUUAUUUGGAGGAUCAAGGAAGACACUUCCGGAUGGUGUGAAGUUAAGAGGAGAUAUAAAUGUCCUGCUCCUUGGAGAUCCUUCAACUGCUAAAUCUCAGUUUCUGAAAUUUGUUGAGAAGACAGCUCCAGUGGCUGUAUACACUUCUGGGAAAGGUUCAUCUGCUGCUGGACUUACUGCUUCUGUAAUCCGGGAUAACAGUACUCGUGAAUUUUACUUGGAAGGAGGAGCUAUGGUUUUAGCAGAUGGAGGAGUUGUCUGUAUAGAUGAAUUUGACAAAAUGAGACCAGAGGACAGAGUUGCUAUUCACGAAGCUAUGGAACAGCAAACCAUCUCCAUUGCUAAGGCAGGAAUAACGACUGUUCUCAAUUCCAGAACCUCAGUGCUUGCAGCAGCUAAUCCUCCAUCUGGGCGCUAUGAUGAUCUAAAGACUGCCCAAGAGAAUAUUGACUUGCAGACAACAAUUCUUUCUCGAUUUGAUCAAAUCUUCAUUGUAAAAGAUAUCAGAAAUAUCAAUCAGGACAAGAAUAUCGCUAACCAUGUCAUCAGAAUCCAUGCUUCUGCUGGUGCAAAUAUUGGUGAUCGUAAACCUACCAAAGAAGACAACUGGUUGAAGAGGUACAUACAAUACUGUAGGGCAGAAUGCCAUCCUCGCUUAUCUGAUUCUGCAGCCACAUUGUUGCAGGAAAGUUAUGUUAAAAUUAGACAGGAUAUGAAGCGACAGGCAAAUGAAACAGGAGAAGCUGCUGCAAUACCAAUAACUGUAAGGCAACUAGAAGCUAUUGUAAGGCUGAGUGAAUCGAUUGCAAAAAUGUCACUAUCCUAUGUUGCAAAUGACAAUCAUGUGAUGGAAUCAAUCCGACUGUUCAAUAAUUCUACAAUGGAUGCAGCAAGAUCAGGAAUAUAUCAGAACAUAAAUUUGACUCCUGAAAUGUCAAGUGAGAUAAAGCAAGCGGAAACUCAAAUUAGGAGAAGAAUGGGAAUAGGAAGCCACCUAUCUACAAGACGGUUAAUUGAUGAUCUGAGCAGAAUGGGCUUGAACGAAUCUAUCGUAAGAAGAGCUCUAAUGAUAAUGCAUUCAAGGGAAGAGAUCGAGUUCAAGAGAGAAAGGCGCGUCGUCAUGCGCAAAGCCUGAUGUUCUUUUGUAAGUCAUUAUUCGGUGAAUCUGAUUGUGUCGUGUCCUCGCAAUUUAAAACAAUUCCAUGUAUUAUUAUUAUUAAGGGUUGCCAAAGAAGUUAUUUAAAACAAAUGUAGUUGUGAAAGUUAAAGAAUCCAUCCAA